CCUCCCGCGCUCUCUCUCCCUCUCUCAGUUACCCUCUCACACGCACAAAAUCCUCUGUCAUGGCGUCUUCCAACAAUGUUACUCCCACCAACUGUAGCUGGUGGCCCAUAUCAGCCAUGGACGAAGAUGGCAAAAUCACAGACGGAGAGGAAAGCAACGAGUCGACGAUAGAACAUAAGCCAUACUCAAAAGACAGGCUCGUUCUGUACCACUGGACUCAGUCCUUCAGCUCUCAAAAGGUGCGUCUGGUGAUCAAUGAGAAAGGGCUACUGUGUGAAGAACGAGAUGUCAGUAUGCCACUCACAGAGCACAAGGAGCCUUGGUUCAUGAGGCUCAACCUAGGGGAGGAAGUGCCUGUUUUCAUCCACGGAGACACUAUCAUCAGUGACUACAAUCAAAUUAUUGACUACAUAGAGACCAACUUUGUAGGAGACACAGUACCUCAGCUGAUCGCGGAUGAGGGCACUCCCAUGUAUGCAAGGAUACAGCAGUACCGUGAACUGCUAGAUGGGCUGCCCAUGGAUGCUUACACACACGGAUGCAUCCUUCAUCCCGAACUGACAACCGACUCCAUGAUCCCAAAGUAUGCCACAGCUGAAAUACGUAGGCAUUUGGCCAAUGCUGCUUCUGAACUGAUGAAACUCGACCAUGAAGAACCACAGCUGACAGAACCAUACCUCUCCAAGCAGAAAAAACUCAUGGCAAAGAUCUUGGACCAUGACAAUGUGAACUACCUGAAGAAAAUCCUUGGUGAGUUGGUCAUGGUACUAGACCAAGUAGAAGCAGAGCUGGAGAAAAGAAAGUUGGAAUAUCAAGGUCAAAAGUGUGAAUUAUGGCUUUGUGGACCUACUUUUACACUAGCUGAUGUUUAUCUCGGAGCCACAUUGCACAGGCUCAAGUUCUUGGGACUCUCAAAGAAAUACUGGGAAGACGGGAGCCGGCCGAACAUCCAGACGUUUUUUGAAAGCGUGCAGAAGCGCUACGCUUUCCGUAAGGUAUUGGGGGACGUCCACACGACCCUGCUCUCUGCAGUUCUACCCAAUGCCUUCCGAAUGGUAAAAAAGAAGCCUCCGUCAUUCUUUGGCGCGUCUUUCCUAAUGGGCUCUCUCGGGGGGAUGGGCUAUUUUGCCUAUUGGUUUUUAAAAAAGAAAUACAUGUAG